CUUUGUUGGUUCUUGCAGAGGAUUUAUAAUCUUAACCCAUGCGUACUUGAAUCAUCAUGAUUUUAUCAUAUGGAAACCAUGUACCUGUCUUCAUAAAUGAAUUAACAAUGUGGUGACGAUUCAAAAUUAUUUGGCAUUGGGUAUGACUCAUCAACUCAUGAUUACAUGGUGGUAGCGAUAGUAAAAUCGAGACUACCCACGCGAGUCCAUUGCUUUUCUCUUAGAACCAAUUCCUGGAGCUUGUAUUGUUCAGUAUCCUUUUAAAUCCGGUCGCAGCUUGUUCUUGAAUGGAGCUAUUCAUUGGUUGGUUCAACCCUAUGAUAGACUUUGUGUUAUAAUUGCAUUUGAUGUGAUGGAAAAAGUGUUUUUUUAAAGGCACUAUUCUCUUCCACUGCAACACGCACAAUCAUGUUCUUCUUCUUGUGAAUAUUUAACCAAAAAGGUAGGUAUUCCCUUCAAUUCUCACUACACAACUUGCCCUAACCUUUGUUUUUUUUAGCUUUUACUCUUUCUUUUGAUUGAAUUGUGUAGCUGUUAUUGCUCAUAGCUCAAAAUACUUAUCAAAAUCAAGUCUUUAACUGUUUAUCUCAAAAGGGUAUUGUUGUUUCAGGGUGUUCUGUUCUGUGCUUCAACAGUUUUACUGUUUUGAACAUGUGAUUGUUUCUGGAGAGACUUCUAGAUUGUUCUGUAUAUAUAGCAAGGAAGGUUUUUGUGUUUUUUGGUUUUUGUGCCAUUUUGGAUAUGGCUAUAGUUGAAUCCGUGGGGAAGAUUCCUUUGCAAGACCCACCUGAGGAGGAGUUUUGUGCUGCUGACCUGACUUGGACCAAGUUUGGUAAUGCUGAGCACCAUGAUGAGGUUGCCCUCAUUCCCUAUGACAGAGUUGAUGCUUUUAUAAUUGGUGAAUGUACUAAUGUGGAGUGCCCGACUCGGUUUCAUAUCGAGAGAGGAAGGAAACGGACUAUUGGAAGCUUGAAGGAGUACAAGGACGAUGAGUAUCUGGAGUACAGGCUGUACUGGUGCUCGUUUGGCCCUGAAAAUUAUGGGGAGGGAGGAGGUAUAUUACCCAGUCGAAGGUAUCGACUUAAUACUCGAAAUCGUGCUGCUAGACCUCAAUCAAUGCGAGGUUGUACUUGUCAUUUUGUUGUCAAACGUCUUUAUGCUCAGCCAUCACUGGCACUUAUUGUAUACAAUGAAAGGCGUCAUAUUAACAAGUCUGGUUUUAUCUGCCACGGACCACUUGAUAGAGAUGCCAUUGGCCCAGGCGCCAAAAAAAUUCCGUAUAUUUGCAAUGAAAUUCAGCAGCAAACUAUGUCCAUGAUAUAUUUGGGCAUCCCAGAAGAGAAUAUCUUGGAGAAACACAUAGAAGGAAUUCAGCGAUAUUGUGGUUCAGAUGCAAAAGUCAGUAGCCUUGCUUCUCAGUAUGUCCACAAGCUAGGGAUGAUUAUCAAAAGGUCUACCCAUGAGCUGGAUCUAGAUGAUCAAGCUAGCAUCCGCAUUUGGAUUGAACGCAAUAGAAAGUCUGUAUUUUUUCACCAGGAUACUUCAGAGUCUGACCCUUUCAUCUUGGGGAUCCAAACAGAAUGGCAGCUGCAACAAAUGAUUCGUUUUGGUCAUCGAAGUGUUGUUGCAGCAGACUCUACGUUUGGUGUGAAGAGACUUAAAUAUCCCUUGUUCACACUACUUGUUUUUGAUUCAAGACAACAUGCACUUCCUGUCGCAUGGGUCAUUACACGUAGCUUUACAAAGCCCGAUGUGUCUAAGUGGUUGAAAGCUUUAAUUGAUCGAGCUCGUAGUGUUGAGCCUGGAUGGAAAGUCAGUGGAUUUUUAAUUGAUGACGCUGCAGCUGAAAUUGAUCUUUUGAGAGAUAUAUUUUGCUGUCCUGUCCUAUUUUCACUAUGGCGUGUUCGUAGAUCUUGGCUUAGGAAUAUUGUUAAGAAAUGUAGUAACAUUGAGAUUCAGCGGGAGAUUUUUAAGCGUCUUGGGAGAAUAGUGUACAACAUUUGGGGAGGUAUUAAUGCAUCGCUUGCCUUGGAACAAUUCUUGCUGGAUUUUGUUGACCAAACUGCUUUCAUGGAAUAUUUCAAAGUCAUGUGGUUGCCCAAGCUUGAAAUGUGGCUUUCAACGAUGAGAAAUUUUCCAUUAGCAAGCCAGGAAGCUUCUGGAGCAUUAGAAGCCUAUCAUGUUAAGCUGAAAGCCAAACUUUUUGAUGAUUCACAUCUUGGAGCAUUGCAAAGAGUAGAUUGGUUAGUCCACAAGUUAACAACUGAGUUGCAUUCAAGCUACUGGCUUGACCGGUAUGCUGAUGAGAGUGAUUCUUUCCAGAAUGUGAAGGAAAAAUAUAUUGCUUCUACAUCAUGGCAUCGGGCACUUCAAAUUCCGGACUAUGCUGUUUCCUUGGAUGAUAAAGACCACCUCUUUGCCAAGGUUGUGAGCCAGAAAGACAGUAGCUUAACACAUAUAGUGUGGAAUCCAGGAUCUGAAUUUGCAUUCUGUGAUUGUUCUUGGUCAAUGCAAGGUAACCUUUGCAAGCAUGUUGUCAAAGUAAACAUGAUUUGUGAAAAUCUUAAAGGUUAUCAACCAUCCAUGUCUUUCCGGUCUUUUGAAGAGGUUUUGAUGGAUCUAUGGAAAAAGCCAGUGGAUGAUUCUUUUGCGUUGGAUCUGUCAUUGGCUUGGACCCAUCAGAUGCUAGAUCAAAUUCAAAAACAAGUUGAACUGAAUAAUUCUACUGAUAUUGGCACUGUAGUUAACAAUAUGCCACUGAAAUGGGUUUCUAAGAAAGGCAGAACCUACAUUGGCAAACCAUCAUCAAGUUUGGCUCUUCCUCAUGGUAGCAGUAACACAAAAAGUGUGGUUGUGUAUAAUAAGAAGAAUCGGAAACGGAAAAGAUUAUCACGAUUAAGAUGACCAAUUUGGCUGGUACCAGUAGUCAUCAUGUUUGAUCUAGAAUGUCUGGUCAAUGCAAACUGGAAUUCAUUUCAAAAUAUUCUGCAACUUUUUGAAUAUGUGGGCACUCUAGUCCUGUUGCCUCUUGUCUUUGAGGUUGCAGCAUCUACUAAAAGAUCAGCAUAUGCUCUUACGCUGAUCAGAGAACAGUUAUUGCUGUAAUUAUAUGAGCAUGGUUGGUAGUUGGAGAUCAAAUGGAGGAAGCAAAGAACUUGUGCGUAUGUUUUGUUCGGCCUUUAUACCUGGCAAUACUUUUAGGUGUUUGUUCAGCCUUUAUACCUGGCAAUACUUUUAGGUGAUCAUCUGGGAAGGGUUAGUUGUCAAUUUUUCUUAGAAAGUGGAAGCCAUUCCUAAACUUUUCAAUUUUGAUCAAUUUCCCCUCACUUUCAUAGUCAAUAGUCAUGCUAGCGUAAUCAUUUUUUUUUAAAUUUUUUUACAUUGUACCAUCUUUAGAAUUUGAAGUCCUUUCAAGUACUCAGUUCAUUGCAGAGGAUAGAUCAUUCCAUGGAUCAUGUCUUUUCUUUUAGUUUUUGGCUUUGAUAUUCUCGUUCUUUGAUUUAUAUGUUAUGUACAUAUACUAUUUACUGACAUUAUUUGGAAUAAGUUGCAAGGUAUUAAUAUACUUUAAUUAGGGAGAA